AUGACAGUUACCAUCCAGGAGUUGACAAACCAUUCAUACAUUGAUCAUGAGCUCUCCGCUACUUUAGAUUCAACCGAAGCAUUUGAGGGCCCUGAAAAGUUGUUAGAGAUAUGGUUUUUUCCUCACCGCCAUUGUAUACCAAAGGAUGAAAAUGGCGAUAUGAAGACAUUGCGUUCUAUCGCUGUUGAGAAAUGGGUGGCCAUCUUAAAACUGGUAAAGUGUGAAGUGUUGUCCAUCAAAUCAACUGAGAAGAUGGAUGCAUUCUUAUUAAGUGAAUCAUCCUUAUUUGUAUGCGAUCAUAAGAUAACUUUAAAAACGUGCGGUACUACUACUACCCUGUUCUGUCUUGAAGAACUAUUUCGAAUUGUUGAAGAAGAGCUUGGCUGGGAUAUGCGUGCUAAGAAGGAAGAAAACGUUGGUAAAUACCACCCUCACAAAGUUUUCUAUUCUAGAAGAUGUUUUAUGUUCCCAUUGAAACAGCGCUCAAUUCAUAAGAGAUGGAGUGAUGAGAUAGAAUACUUAAACAAAUUUUUCUGUUAUGGAAGUAGUUAUCUCGUUGGUAGAAGCGAUCAAAGCAACCAUUGGAAUCUAUAUGUCACUGAGACGAACAAAAACAUGAAUAUCACAGAUGAUUGUGGCGAGGAUGAUGAAGAUGAAACUUUGGAGAUCUUGAUGACGGAGUUGGAUCAGACCUGCGCCCAACAAUUUUCCUGUAAGAGAGAAGUAAAAACUGUUGAACAAUCACAACAGGAUGAAAAUACAAGUGAAGAUGAAGGCCAUCUUUCAGGUUAUAAAAUGACAAAUGCCACAAGAUUAGAUAGAGUUUAUAACAAUGAGAAGAAUGUAAGCUUCCACCACGAUGCUUUCGCAUUCACACCUUGCGGUUACUCCUCUAACAUCAUAAUGGAUGAAGAAUAUUACUAUACUUUGCAUGUCACACCAGAGAAAGGAUGGUCAUAUGCAUCUUUCGAAAGUAACGUCCCUGUGAGGCACGUAUCCAACAACAAACAAGACAAUAUAUCUGUUAUUAACCACGUUCUUUCUGUAUUCCAACCUAGGGAUCUAUGCAUCACUUUCUUCUGCAAGUCCAUGGAUAAUGAAUCAUUCAAGAAACUAAUGAAGACCUCUGGAGAAAUACCCAACUAUACAAAGAAAGAUAGAAUCAUUUAUGACCUCGACGACUACCACCUUCUAUACAUAAGAUUUGAAAGAAAUUGUUGA